GUCCAGCCGCCGGGUGACAGUCGUCGCAGAGCUGCGAGCGACGGCGAUGGCGGCCGCGAUGGCAGCGACGACGGCGGAGCGGGCGGUGCUGGAGGAGGAGUUCCGCUGGCUGCUGCACGACGAGGUGCACGCCGUGCUGAGGCAGCUUCAAGACAUCCUCAAGGAGGCGUCGCUCCGCUUCACCCUCCCAGGCACGGGUGCUGAGGGGGCCAGCAAGCAAGAGAACUUCAUCCUGGGCAGUUCUGGCACAGACCAGGUGAAGGGCGUGCUUACUCUGCAAGGGGACGCGCUGAGCCAGGCGGAUGUGAACCUGAAGAUGCCUCGGAACAACCAGCUGCUGCACUUUGCCUUCCGUGAGGACAAACAGUGGAAACUGCAACAGAUCCAGGAUGCUCGGAACCAUGUGAGCCAAGCCAUGUACCUCCUGACCAGCCGGGAGGAGAGUUACCAGUUCCAGACAGGAGCCGAGGUCCUCAAGCUGAUGGACGCGGUGAUGUUGCAGCUAAGCAGAGCCCGCAACCGGCUCACCACCCCGGCCACUCUCACGCUGCCGGAAAUUGCUGCCAGCGGCCUCACGCGGAUGUUCGCACCUGCCCUGCCUGCUGACCUACUGGUCAACGUGUAUAUCAACCUCAACAAGCUCUGCCUCACAGUGUACCAGCUGCAACCCCUGCAGCCCAGCUCCACCAAGAACUUUCGCCCAACGGGGGGCGCUGUGCUCCACAGCCCUGGAGCCAUGUUCGAGUGGGGUCCCCAGCGCCUAGAGGUGAGCCACGUACACAAGGUGGAGUGCGUGGUCCCGUGGCUCAAUGAUGCUCUGGUCUUCUUCACUGUCUCCCUGCAACUGUGCCAGCAACUCAAGGACAAGAUCUCCGUCUUCUCCAGCUACUGGAGCUACCGGCCCUUCUGAACUGAGCCCUCGGGAGCCGCCAGAAGUAACCCCUGCUUGCCCCACCCCCUCAGGUGCUGGCCAGUACCUGGACCCCACAUUGGAUGCUAUUUAUUUCCCUUGUGGUUUGUUUUGUUU